AUGGCGAAUUCAGAGGUUUCUAUGAAAUCAAAUCGUGGAGGAGAAGUUGUUUACAGUGAACCAACAGUCGCUGUAGACCCUGAAGCUGCUCUCUACAGAGAGCUCUGGCACGCUUGUGCUGGUCCUCUCGUGAUGGUACCUAGACAAGGUGACCGUGUCUUCUACUUCCCUCAGGGACAUAUUGAGCAGGUGGAGGCAUCAACAAACCAAGCAGCUGAACAGCAGAUGCCUCUCUAUGAUCUUCCUUCCAAGAUCCUUUGUCGAGUCAUUUAUGUUGAUUUAAAGGCAGAUGAUGACACCGACGAGGUUUAUGCGAAGAUUACUCUUCUUCCCGAGCGUAUUCAAGACGAGAAUGUAAUUGAGAAAGAGGCUACUCCUCCUCCUCCGCCCCCGAGGUUCCAGGUGCACUCGUUCUGCAAAACCUUGACUGCAUCGGAUACAAGUACGCAUGGUGGAUUCUCUGUACUUAGGCGACACGCGGAUGAAUGUCUCCCUCCUCUGGAUAUAUCAUGUCAACCUCCUAAUCAGGAGUUGGUUGCAAAAGAUUUGCAUGCAAAUGAGUGGCGUUUCAUACAUAUUUUUCGAGGAACCAUGUUUACUGUAGACUAUAAACCAAGGACUAGUCCAUCUGAGUUCAUUGUUCCGUUUGAUCAGUAUAUGGAGUCCGUGAAGAAUAACUAUUCCAUAGGCAUGAGAUUUAAAAUGAGAUUUGAAGGUGAAGAGGCUCCUGAGCAGAGGUUUACUGGGACAAUCGUUGGGAUUGAAGACUCUGACCCCACAAGGUGGGCAAAAUCAAAAUGGAGAUCCCUUAAGGUACGAUGGGAUGAGACUACUAGUAUCCCUCGCCCUGAUAGAGUAUCCCCGUGGAAGAUAGAGCCAGCUCUUUCUCCUCCUGCUUUGAGCCCUGUACCCAUGCCUAGGUCUAAGAGGCCCAGAUCUAAUUUAGCUCCUCCAACUCCAGACUCUUCCAUGCUCAUAAGAGAAGGCUCAUCCAAGGCAAACGUGGACCCUCUACCGGCAGGUCGACAAUCAAGGGUCUUGCAAGGUCAAGAAUACCCGACCUUGAGAACGAAACAUAUUGAAAGUAUAGAGUGCGAUGCCCCUGAGAAUUCUGUUGUGUGGCAAUCCGCAGCAGAUGAUGACAAGGUUGACGUGGUUUCGGCUUCUAGAAGAUAUGAGAACUGGAUGUCCUCAAGCAGGCAUGAACCUACUGCGUACACGGAUUUGCUUUCCGGCUUUGGCGCAAACAUAGAACCACCCCAUGGGCAUCAGAUACCUUUUUAUGACCAUUCCUCAUCACCUUCUGCAAGGAAAAUCCUCAGCGAUCAAGAUGGCAAGUUUGAGUAUCUUGCUAACCAGUGGCAGAUGAUGAAUUCUGGUCUUUCCCUGAAUUUGCAUGAAUCGCCUAAGGUCCCUGCAGCACCUGAUACCUCUUUCCAUGGGCGUGGCAAUGCCAAAUAUGGAGAAUAUGCUGUGUAUCCUGCUGUGACGACUGAGAAUGCUGGUGGUAACUGGCCAAUACGUCCACGUGCUAUGAAUUAUUUUGAAGAAGCGGUUAAUGCUGAGGCUCGAGCUCAGGCUAGGGAGCAUGUACCAAAACGACCUGUGGUCAUACAAGAGGAGACAGUAAAGUCGAAAGAGGGUAACUGCAGGCUUUUUGGCAUUCCUCUUGUCAACAACGUUAAUGGGAUAGAUACAGCUAUGUCUCAGAGAAACAACGUUAAUGAUACUACGGGGCUUGCGCAGAUAGCAUCACCAAAGGUUCAGGAUCUUUCUGACCAGUCGAAAGGGUCUAAAUCGACAAAUGAUCAUCGUGAGCAUGGAAGAGCACUCCAAGUUAAUAAUCCCCUUCCGAAGGACGUUCAUAUUAAAACGACUUCAAGUAGGAGUUGCACGAAAGUUCUUAAGCAGGGGAUAGCACUUGGCCGGUCAGUGGAUCUCUCAAAGUUUCAGAACUACGAGGAGUUGGUAGCUGAAUUGGAUAGGCUGUUUGAGUUCAAUGGAGAGCUAAUGGCUCCUAAGAAGGAUUGGCUGAUAGUUUACACAGAUGAUGAGAAUGAUAUGAUGCUUGUUGGUGACGAUCCUUGGCAGGAGUUUUGUUGCAUGGUUCGUAAAAUCUUCAUAUACACGAAAGAGGAGGUCAGGAAGAUGAAUCCAGGAACUCUAAGCUGUAGGAACGAGGAAGACGCAGUUGUUGGGGAAGGAUCAGAUGCAAAGGACGCCAAGUCUGCAUCAAAUCCUUCCUUGUCCAGCGCCUGAAACUGUUAAACCGAGGAAACCAACACACCCUUUUGCUACUCGCCUAGGGGAAGUGAGUUAGGAACAGAGAUCAGGAGGAGAGUUCGAUGGUGGAGCCUGGGGAGCAACAAAGGGAUUAUGGGGUUUUUUCUGAAGAUAAGAUAUUAAAAUGCAAUUUUUGAAGUAUUUUGUUGGCCACUUAGAUUAUUAGCAUCUCCCACCAUCGUAUUAUCUAAAUGAUAAUAAAAUUAAUAAUCAAUAUAUAUUAUAAAGUAAACAAAAAAGGGUUGCGGGUAAUAUAUGGUAGAAUAUGGGAAGGCUUUUUUAUAAGUAGAAAUGAUGGUGUGGAGCUGUAGAUGGAGGCUGGUCUCGGUUCUUUGCUAUUUGUAUUUCUUUUCUUUCUUCCAGAGAUCUCUCUUUAAAGUCUUUUAUUGUUUAUAUAUAUAUAUUAAUCUCAAUGUAUAUAGGUUUUUAAGAUUGUACUCUUCUUAAUUUGUUCUUAUCUACGCUUAGCUACUUAUCAGAGUGUUCUUGAGUUUUGGUGUGGUUUUAGGGUUCAUACGUUCAAAUCCUGCCUUUCUGUUUUUAUCGAUUGAAGAAAACGUGAUGCGGUUUUCUCAGUGUGUGACUAGAAUAAAAACAAAUCGG